UUCUUUAAACACUAGCUCUACUCUUUAUCCCCACCUCUUUCUCCCUGUCUUCUCCUCUCUCAGAAAAGAUAUCAAGGGAGUUUUCAGCAAUUCUAUGUUCUUGGAUUAGCACUUUAAUGAUCAGAUAGUCUUUGCAGCAAUGGGAACUCCUGUAAACAUCAUAGUUGGAUCGCACGUUUGGGUUGAGGAUCCUCAAGUUGCAUGGAUCGACGGAGAGGUUACACAAAUCAAAGGGAAGGAUGCCACCAUAGUCACCACAAAUGGAAAUACAAUAGUUGCGGAUUUAUCAAAGAUAUACCCCAAGGACACUGAAGCACCACCAGCUGGAGUUGAUGACAUGACCAAAUUAGCCUAUCUCCAUGAGCCUGGAGUGCUUGAGAACCUUGCUUCACGAUUCGCUAUAAAUGAAAUCUAUACUUACACAGGGAACAUUCUGAUUGCUGUGAAUCCUUUCCGGAGGUUACCACAUUUGUAUGAUACCCACAUGAUGCAGCAGUACAAGGGAGCCGCUUUUGGUGAACUAAAUCCACAUCUCUUUGCUGUUGCCGAUGACUGUUAUAGGGCUAUGAUAAAUGAAGAAGGAAGUCAGUCAAUUUUAGUAAGUGGUGAGAGUGGAGCUGGAAAAACCGAGACAACAAAAAUGCUAAUGAGAUACCUUGCAUUCAUGGGAGGCAGAUCUGGAACCGAGGGCAGAACAGUGGAACAACAAGUCUUGGAGUCCAAUCCAGUUCUUGAAGCAUUUGGGAAUGCAAAAACAGUAAAGAACAACAAUUCCAGUCGAUUUGGUAAAUUUGUAGAGAUUCAGUUUGACAAGCAUGGAAAGAUUUCUGGGGCUGCUGUCCGAACAUAUCUUCUGGAAAGAUCACGUGUCUGCCAAGUGUCCGAUCCUGAGAGGAAUUAUCACUGCUUUUAUAUGCUCUGUGCAGCACCACCAGAGGAAGCCAAGAAAUUUAAAUUAGGAGACCCAAGGUCAUUUCACUAUCUUAAUCAGACGAAUUGUUAUGAAGUGGCAAAUGUGGAUGAUGCAAGGGAGUACUUGGAAACUAGGAAUGCCAUGGAUGUUGUCGGGAUAAGUGAGGAUGAGCAGGAUGCUAUAUUUCGCGUUGUAGCUGCUAUCCUCCAUCUUGGAAACAUUGACUUCGUCAAAGGCAAGGAAUUUGAUUCUUCCAAACUGAAAGAUGAAAAAUCACUCUAUCAUCUGCAGACUGCUGCAGAGCUCCUCAUGUGCGAUGAGAAGUCACUAGAAGACUCACUUUGCCAGCGUGUGAUUGUAACUCCAGAUGGGAACAUUACAAAACCACUGGAUCCAGCUGCAGCUGUCUUGAGUCGUGAUGCCUUGGCAAAGACUAUCUACUCCAGACUAUUUGAUUGGCUCGUGGACAAAAUAAACAAUUCGAUUGGCCAGGAUCCCACGGCGAAAAGCAUAAUUGGAGUCCUUGAUAUUUAUGGAUUUGAAAGCUUCAAGAUAAACAGUUUUGAGCAGUUAUGCAUCAACUUGACAAAUGAAAAGCUCCAACAGCAUUUUAAUCAACAUGUUUUCAAGAUGGAGCAAGAAGAGUACACAAAGGAAGAAAUCAACUGGAGCUAUGUAGAAUUUGUGGACAACCAAGAUGUUUUAGAUCUUAUAGAAAAGAAACCUGGUGGUAUCAUAGCUCUUCUCGACGAGGCCUGUAUGUUUCCAAAGGCCACCCAUGAGACGUUUGCGCAAAAGAUGUACCAGACAUACAAAAACCAUAAACGCUUUAGCAAGCCGAAACUUGCACGAACUGAUUUUACAAUAAAUCAUUAUGCUGGAGAUGUUACCUACGUAGCUGAUCAGUUUCUGGAUAAGAAUAAGGAUUAUGUCAUAGCAGAGCAUCAAGCUCUACUUGAUGCCUCAAAGUGCAGUUUUGUUGCUAAUUUGUUUCCUACAUUAGCCGAGGAAACAUCUAAACAGUCAAAAUUCUCUUCCAUUGGCACCCGUUUCAAGCAACAAUUACAAAGUUUAAUGGAAACUCUCAGCACAACAGAACCACAUUACAUCAGAUGUGUAAAGCCUAAUUCAGUUCUGAAGCCAGGAAUUUUUGAGAACUUCAAUGUCAUUAACCAAUUAAGAUGUGGCGGUGUAUUAGAGGCAAUUAGAAUCAGCUGUGCAGGGUAUCCAACAAAGCGGUCAUUUGAUGAAUUUCUUGAACGAUUUGGAAUGUUAUCUCCGGAUGUUUUGGAUGGAUCAGAUGAGAAAUCUGCAUGUGUUGCUAUCUGUGACAGGAUGGGGUUAAAGGGCUAUCAGAUUGGGAAAACAAAGGUGUUUCUUAGAGCAGGGCAAAUGGCUGAAUUAGAUGCACGAAGAGCUGAAAUUCUAGCUUUUGCUGCAAGACGCAUACAGAGACAAAUCCGAACAUAUCUCACCAGAAAGGAAUUCAUUACCCUUAAAAGGGCUACAAUUCAGAUGCAAAAACACUGGAGAGCUCAAAUUGCACGUAAGCUUUAUGAACACAUGAGGGAGGAUGCUGCUUCAAUACGUAUACAGAAGCAUGCACGAGCUUGUGCACAAAGGAAAUCUUAUAAGAAAUUACAGGAAGCGGCAGUAGUUAUUCAAACUGGACUGCGAUCCAUGGCCGCCAGAAAUGAAUUCAGGCACAGAAGAAGAAACCGGGCUGCAACAACAAUCCAGACUCAAUGGCGAGUAUUUUAUGCACGUUCGACAUAUAACCAACAGAAGAAAGCAAAUCUCAUACUUCAAUGUCUUUGGAGGUCAAGAAUCGCAAGGUUGGAGCUUAGAAAACUGAAGAUGGUGAGCAUUUUAUAUCACAGAACCAAAUUUCAAGUUCUGGCACAAUUUCGGGCGCAGUUGUAUAUGUUAAAAUGGUUGCAACUGAACUUUUACCUAAUGCAGGCUGCAAGAGAUGCAGGGGCCCUUAGGGAGGCCAAGGACAAGCUGGAGAAACGUGUCGAGGAAUUAACAUGGCGAAUAGAUUUUGAAAAGCAUUUGCGGGUUGACCUUGAAGAAGCAAAGGGCCAAGAAAUUACAAAGUUGCAGAAUGCUCUAAAUGAAAUCCAAGAACAACUAGAGGAAGCACGUGCUGCAGUCAUACACGAGAGAGAAGCAGCAAAGAUCGCUAUUGAGCAAGCCCCUCCUGUUAUUAAAGAGGUACCAGUUGUGGACAAUACAAAGUUGGAGCAACUGACAAGUCAAAAUCAAGAGCUGGAGGAAGAGAUAAUGGAAUUGAGAAAGAGAGCUGAUGAGUUUGAGCAUAUGUUUAAUGAAGCUCAAACUGAGAGCAAAGAAAGACUAAAAGAAGUAGAGGAAUCACAGUUGAAACUAGCAGAGCUACAGACUACACUUGAAAGGCUAGAAUUAAAUGUGUCCAACCUCGAAUCUGAGAACCAGGUUCUUCGUCAGCAGGCUUUAGUUGCAUCCAACAAUGAGGAACUCUCCGAAGAAAUUGAACUUUUUAAAAGCAGGAUUAAAAAUCUAGAAUCAGAAAAUGAGUUUCUUCGUAACCAGAAGGUUGUGGUGGAGCAAAUACCUGUCUUGGAACAGGCAAUGCCACCAGCACAGAGUCUGAAUAAUGGACACUUAAACGAGGACAAGAACGAAGCAGCUAAAAUACAGGAAGAAACAACAAAAGUAGAGGAGCAAACAACAAAAGAAAUAGCCAGCACAGCCACAUUCCUAAGCAAGCAAAGAUCCCUAACAGACAGGCAGCAGGAAAAUCAUGAUGUACUAAUCAAGUGCCUUAUGGAGGAUAAGAGGUUUAACAAGAGCAGACCACUUGCAGCUUGUAUUGUGUAUAAAACACUUCUUCAGUGGAGAUCUUUUGAGGCAGACAAGACCAGUAUUUUUGACAAAAUAAUUCAUACCAUUCGAUCAUCUAUUCAGGAUCAAGAUAGUGUUGAAGAUCUCGCAUUCUGGCUCUCGACAACUUCUACCCUUCUGUUCCUUCUGCAAAGUACAAUCAAGGCAAGCAAUGCGCCAAAUGUGUCUUCACAACGUCAUCGAGCUUCACCUACAACCUUGUUUGGUAGAAUGGCACAAGGGUUUCGUGCAUCGUCAAUGGGCGGGGGAAUUUCCAGUGGCUACAGCGGAAUGGAGGGAAAGCCAAACACACAAUCGAAAAUAGAAGCCAAGUAUCCAGCUCUGUUGUUUAAGCAGCACUUAACCGCUUGUGUUGAAAGAAUAUAUGGACUAAUACGUGAUAGCUUGAAGAAAGAUAUUAGCCCAUUUCUAAACUUAUGUAUACAAGCACCUAGAUCUACAAGGAUCAGAUCUAUAAGAGGUUCAUCUAGAACUAUCCAUUCCAACAUAGUAGCAAAGCAGCAAGCAUCAAACAUACAUUGGCAAAGUAUUGUCAAAAGCAUGGAUAGUACACUAAAAAUACUGUCCGAAAACUAUGUGUCUUCUGUUAUCACAAGAAAAAUCUACACUCAGGUUUUCUCAUUUAUAAAUGUCCAACUUUUCAAUAGCUUAUUACUUCGGCGUGAAUGUUGCUCCUUUAGCAAUGGAGAAUACGUAAAAGCGGGUUUACAAGAAUUUGAGCAAUGGUGUAUAAAAGCAGCAGAUCAGCUUGCUGGAUCUUCAUGGGAUGAACUACAACACAUAAGACAAGCCGUAGGAUUUCUGGUAAUGCAUCAAAAGUCCCAAAAGACACUAGAGGAGAUUACUAACGAGGUUUGCCCGAUGCUGAGCAUUCCUCAAGUAUACCGCAUUGGAACUAUGUUCUGGGAUGACAAAUAUGGAACACAAGGAUUGUCAACAGAGGUGAUCGCGAAGAUGAGAGCAGUAAUGGCAGAAGAUUCUAUAAGCGUGCCAAACAACUCUUUCUUACUCGACGUGGAUUCAAGCAUUCCUUUCUCUAUGGAAGAAAUAUCGCGUUCAUUCCUAGACGUGAGCCUAUCCGACGUGGAGCCACCUCCGCUCCUUCGUCAGAGAUCAGAUUUUCAUUUCCUGCUACAGCAGAUAGAUUGAGAGGCUUAAGGGUCUUGUUUAGUUUACACAUAUUGAACAUGAAAUGCCAUUAAAUUGAUUUGAUUGGUUGCAUUUCCCUUUUUUGGUCUGGGAGUGUGUGAGAGUGAGGGAAAUCAGAUUGUAAAGUUUUUUUGUUUUGAGAAUCAGAUGAGUUUGCAUCAUAAUUUUUGGUUGAUAUAGCAAACAUGUAAAGUUGGUUGUUAUUGUUGUAAAUUUUGUUUUAAAACGUACCAAAUGCAUAAAUAUAUUCUGAUACUAGCAGAAAAGAUUAUGCUGC